AUGGCACCUUCAAAGCGUAAAGCAGAGCCAUCAACUCACUCUUCUGCCCCGGCUGCUAAACUGGGUAAGCUCAAAAAGAAGUUCAAAAAACGGCUUCAUCAUCGCGCCCAAGCAGGCAGCAACGACUCACCGGAGGCAAACACAAGCACAAAGUCAAAGCCUAUUAAAAAGGGUGUAGCAAUCAAGUCCAAAGGUCCGAAAUCGCCCACCAAAUCCAACAAAUCUCGACGACAAGCGAACGGUCAUAGUACGGUUGUCAAUGAAUCACCAUCCUCUAAAGUAUCCGUCAACAUUUCAUUGAAAGAUAACUCGUCUCAAGAUGACAGUGACGAAGGCCAUGAAGAAUCUGAUGGCCCUCAGUACUGGCUCAUGAAAGCUGAGCCUGAAUCACGUAUCGAGAAAGGGAAGGACGUCAAAUUCUCAAUCGACGACCUAAACGACGCAAAGGAGGCGGAGCCCUGGGACGAUAACGCUUACCCUGCCGCAGAGUCGGCAUUUGACCCUAAGCACCCAUACUAUGACGAAAAGUCCAACCGAGACAAUCCGAAAUGGUGCGUUGUCCAUGUCGAGUACCGUCGGAAAUUCCAGAACAUGGUCAAAUUGAAGGAGCUUCAAAAAUAUGGCAAAGAAGGUGGCGUGCUACAAGCUAUGCCAUUGCUCAAACAAUCGCGGCUAAGCGUCUCGAAAGUGUCGAAGAAUGAAUGGGACUUUAUCAUGACCCUGGUAGAUGAAGAUAUUGAGGUGAUUGGAGCAUGA